AUGACCCUAACAACCCAGAGAUCAACCCGUAAUCCGGACGACUUUCCCACUCUACAGCUCUUCCUGCUUGCUAUUGUUCGUCUCGCCGAGCCCAUCGCCCUCACCUCCAUAUUCCCAUAUGCAUGGCAGCUCGUCAAGCGCUUCAAGGUCGGCAACGAAGAAGAUGCAUCCACCUAUUCUGGCCUGCUUAUCUCGUCCUUCGCUCUGGCGGAGGCCUUGAUGGGGAUGUACUGGGGGGGUUUGAGUGAUCGCAUUGGACGAAAGCCCGUUCUUCUGUUGGGAUGCCUUGGUACGAUGAUCUCGAUGAUCGUCCUUGGCUUUGCCGACAACAUCUGGGUGGCCCUCGCCGGGCGUGUUUUUGGCGGAGCCUUGAAUGGAAACAUCGGGGUCAUCCAGACCAUGGUUGGAGAGCUUGUGACGAAGCCUGAACAUGAACGUGAGGCUUAUUCCAUCAUGCCUUUCGUAUGGAGCAUAGGGACCAUAGUAGGACCGUGCGUCGGUGGCACAUUCUCGGACCCUCACCAAUCGUGGCCGAACGCGUUUCCUGAGGGAGGCCUCUUCGACCACUUCCCUUACCUCUUGCCGAACCUCAUCUGCGCCGCUCUUCUUUUUGUCAGCAUAAUCCUGGGUUACGUCCUGCUCGAGGAGACGCAUCCUGGCAUGCAGUCGCGGAUAAUGCUCCCGGCAGACACGUACGUCUCUGAGGAGACGCCUCUUAGAGAGACCUCGGAUGCCGUCAAACGUCCUGCGGUGGACCUUAGGUCGGAAACCUACGGCACUUUCCUGACCCAGAGUCCAGAGGCUACGGAGCCAGAGCAAGAGUUGGAGAAGGAGACGUCAUUCAACAUCUUCUGCGACAAGCGCAUCAUGGCAGUGGUUAUUAGCCUGUCCAUAUAUACGUACCAUGCGAUGUGCUUUGAUCACUUGCUUCCGAUCUUCUUUGAGGAUGACAGAGCUGUGGUCGACUCCAUCAGCUCCGUCGUCCCAUCGAGCUUGCUUUAUUUCCCUGGCGGACUCGGCUUGUCGAUACCCACGGUCGGAAUGAUCAUGGCUGUUAACGGUGCUAUUGCUCUUUUCAUCCAGGCCGUCGUGUUCCCUAUCGCCGCCGACAAGAUCGGGGUUUUCAGGCUGUUCAUCAUUGUCACGAUGCUGCACCCUAUCGCCUACUUCUUGAUGCCCUUCCUCGUCUGGGUCCCCGAGUCCCUACUGUAUCCCGCCAUUUACUUCAACUUGACCGUUCGGAACAUCUUUUCCAUCCUGGUCUACCCGCUUCUGCUCAUCCAAAUCAAGGAAGCGGCACCCAGAUCCGUCCUUGGAAAAGUGAACGGCUUCGCAGCCAGUGCUGGUGCGGCGUGCCGGAUGGUUGCACCGCCCGUGGCCGGGUACCUCUACACAGUCGGAAGCAGAAUGGACUGCACUGCUCUGGCUUGGUGGGGUAGUGCGGCAGCGGCUCUUGUUGGGACUGUCCAGUGCUUCGCCGUAAAGAGGACCAAGGCCGAAGACCACGUUUAUUGUGAAGUGGAGGCCCUGGUUCGCACCCAGUCGAAGCAGGCGACUGUGUCUGUCGUGGACAUCUCUGACGACGACUAUUAA